GUCCAAAUAAACUAUCCCCAGGCCUUAAAAAGGGCAUCGGGCUUCUCUUGAGCUCCCUGCACUCGGCUACUACCGGUCUGCUCAAACAGAGUCUAAAUAAACACUUCUCCAAAAACACCCACCAUGGCGCCGUCUUACAUGGUCCUCGAUCAAAGGUCCUACGCCGCAGCAGCAGGGCCGCAUCUGCUGAAGCGCGAUCUCAGCGUCACCCACGCUCAGGGAGUGACCCUCGGAGUGAUGGGUGCAUACGUUGUCGUCAUAGCACUACUCUGGAAUUUGCCCUAUGUUCGCUGGUCGCUCUGGCCGUUCAAGAUGCUGGUUAUCGCUUUCCACGAGUUUGGCCACGCCAUCACCGCAUGCUGCACCGGCGGUCGCGUCAAAAGCAUCUCGCUGGAUCCGCACGAGGGCGGCGUCACGCACAUGUCGGGCGGCAUCAGCGCCGUGACCCUGCCAGCGGGAUAUCUGGGCUCGUCGAUUAUCGGGUCCUUGUUGAUUUUUGCCGGUUUCGAUAUUGUCGCUAGCAAAGUUGCCAGUAUCGUUCUCGGGGUGUGCUUCCUGCUUACUCUCUGGUGGGCGCGGAAGGAUUGGCUCACCAUUGUCACGAUUCUCCUCGCGGUUGGUUUGCUGGUCGCGUGCUGGUUUAUCGCUCAUGGCCAGGCUUUGAAAUGGGUUGUGCUCUUCAUUGGUGUCAUGUCUGCGCUAUACAGCGUCUGGGAUAUUUGUGAUGAUCUGAUCCUUCGCAAAGUAAAUACCUCGGACGCCAGCCAGUUUGCCAAGCGCUACGGAGGCUCCUCGCAGUGCUGGGGGGUUAUCUGGUCCUUCAUCUCUCUCGCAUUCAUCGCGGUUGCGAUUAUUGCUGCUAUAGCGGCAUUCCGCGAGUCGUUCAGCCAGCAGGAGAAGGACUCGCAGCACUUCAUUCCGACACGUUAAACUGGAGCUGCGUUUUUCGGGACCAUGCUUAUUUUGAUGACUUAUGAGUUUUGCGCAUCGAAUACCCCUCAUGAGGAACGGAGGUCGUCGUCAUCCAUUUAUUGUGUUUUUGUCUCGUUUGAGCCUGUUCGGAAUCUGCUGGACAGAUAGCUUUAGCCUAGAAUUGCUUGACUCUAAACAAGCUUGCGUUUCACUCAAUCGCGCGAUCAAGCCAACUAAUGAGACCAUGCCAAACCAUUUACCUGGAUCCACUAUCGACAGGAUUACUAUUACUAUAUCGGUGUAGCUGACACAGAUGGUCGACG